CCCGCGGGAGGCUAUCGUACGCGGCUGAUCCGGUUUCGUAGUGUCGUCAUCAAGACACACGCCACCGCCUUCCCUGUGGCCCUUUGUGGCUUUGUGGCGCCCUUCUGCUGGAGUUGGAUACGCGCGCUUUUCCGUAACCAGCCCGCGAAGAAAUGUGGACAGAGCCCUGGAAAGUGAGCGAGUGAAAGGGUGCGGCAGUAAGCGGGAAGAAUCAGAAGGAGGGUUGGUGGCUGAGCAAAAACGAAGAACCAACCCCCUCCCCCCCUCUCCCGUCCCCUCUCUUUCCCUGAGCGUAGGUUAUAAACAUAUAAAAAUACAUAAUCAAGCGUUCAGUGUGGUACGAUCGGUUCGCCCGAGUGGACGCAAAGCCUCGCAGUGUCUCUUGCGGAGUGCAGUGAUUGCAUGUGUGUGUGUGUGUGUGCAUGUGGAGAACAGAGUAUCUAAACUAAGCAACAAAAAACCAUAAAAAUCUCGCGCGUGAAAAGUGAGCGUGUGUGUGAGAGCCCCCCACCCCAGGCCUUUAAGCCAAAUUAGCUUUGUAACGUUGCGAUCGUUUUACCCGCGCGCGUCAGAAUGCAGCCUGCAGGUCUGGCAGUACUGCUGAUGGCGGUGUGGUGCCACGCCGUGCCUGCCAUCGCCGACGUCCAGCCCGAGCAGCGCAACUUUGAGCCGAGCACCGAUCCGGCCCUGUUCGCGUUCGACCGUGGUGCCGGCGACGGUGGCCUGUACACGUUCGACAACCUGUCGGUCGCGCAGGACCCGCGCGCCUACCGCCCGGACGUCGGUGCGCUCGACUUCGUGUACCACAACCAUGAGGAGAUGACGCGCUACCUGCGGGCGACGACCGCGCGCUACCCGAACCUGACCGCCCUGUACUCGAUCGGCAAAUCGGCCCAGGGCCGGGACCUGUGGGUGCUGGUCGUGUCGGCCUCCCCGUACGAGCACAUGCUCGGCAAGCCGGACGUCAAGUACAUUGGCAACAUCCACGGCAACGAGGCGGUCGGACGGGAGCUGCUCCUGCAUCUGAUCCAGUAUCUGGUGUCGAGCUACGGGUCCGAUCCGUACAUCAAGUGGCUGCUGGACAACACGCGCAUCCACAUACUGCCCUCGCUCAACCCGGACGGGUACGCGGCAUCGAAGGAGGGCACCUGCGACGGUGGCCAGGGGCGGUACAAUUCGCGCGGCUUCGAUCUGAACCGCAACUUCCCGGACUACUUCAAGCAGAACAACAAGCGGUCCCAGCCGGAAACGGAAGCGGUCAAGGACUGGAUCUCGAAGAUACAGUUCGUGCUGAGCGGGUCGCUGCACGGUGGCGCACUGGUGGUGAGCUACCCGUACGACAACACGCCGAAUGCUAUCUUCCACAGCUACCUGUCGCAACCGUCGUUGACACCGGACGACGACGUGUUCAAGCAUCUGUCGCUAAUAUACGCGAACAACCACGGUAAGAUGUCGCGCGGUGUCGCCUGCAAAACUGCGUCACCCUCGUUCGAGAACGGCAUCACGAACGGGGCCGCCUGGUACCCGCUGACCGGCGGCAUGCAGGACUUCAACUACGUCUGGCACGGCUGCAUGGAGGUGACGCUCGAGGUGUCCUGCUGCAAGUUUCCGCCCGCGUACGAGCUGCGCAAGUACUGGGACGACAACCAGAUGUCGAUGAUCAAGUUCCUGGCGGAGGCGCACCGGGGUGUCCAGGGCUUCAUCAUGGACCCGACCGGCAAUCCGGUCGAGCGGGCGCAGCUCAAGAUUAAGGGGCGCGACAUCGGCUUCACCACCACCAAGUACGGCGAGUUCUGGCGCAUCCUGCUGCCCGGCGUCUACAAGCUGGAGGUGUACGCGGACGGGUUCGUGCCGAAGGAUGUGGACUUCAUGAUCGUCGAGCAGCAUCCGACGCUGCUGAACGUGACGCUACAGCCGGCCAAGGAAGCCGCGGAAUACAGCGCCAGUCAGCUGCCCGGUGCGUCUUACGACCGGCCGCUAACGCCAACCACACCCAUUGCCAACCGUGAGCCUGCCCGACCGAAUGCGGCAAACCAGGAUCGGCUCAUUUUUACCUCCUGAGCGCAGCACGCGAAGCGAUUUGUUUUGUACAUAGAAUAGAAGUUUCCUCCGCUUACCAUCCUCCGCCAAUCUAAUCUAAGUUAGUCGUAUGGAGGCAGUUACGCAAAAGGCAGUCAAACGACGGUUCAAGAUGGCGGCCAGUCCAGAUCAGGCUAACUGCUAAUGGGCACGCGUGCUCUGACGGAAGGCGGUGGCUACUUAAACCCCUCACCGAUUGGGGAUAAGUGUGAAGGCUUGUGCAAUACUUUUAUCUUUCUUGUUUUUUUUUUCAUCCUUUAAUGAAUUUAACGUCUGGUGUUUUCUUCACUUUCCACUUACUGGUUAAAUCUGCGACACUAAAACCACACUCGUUCGUUCCUGUUGAAGUUUGCAAAGCUGCUCAACGGUUCUUCAGCCAACGUGGCGAGUGAUCGUGUCGGGACAGCUCGUCGUGUCGUGAAGCGUGAACAUGUACAUACGGUUACGAUAAGAGGAAUAUGGCGUAUAUGUAUCUAUGGAGGUGUUCCGGGAUGACCUAACCGCACUUUCUCUACUUCCCAUAAACUGUUCAACACUUCGGAGAGGGUUUUUGGUUUGUUUGUUUGUUUUUUUUUAUAGAACUAAUGGGAGUAUUGUUGUUCGUUGCUCCUCGCAUCAUAUACACAUGCUCUCGAUCCUAGUAAUACAUCCCAGUAUCUUCCCUUCCCAUUGCACAAAACGCACACACGCACAGCGCAACGAUGGGUCACAGCACUAUCGACCGGCUGCGGCCUCGACCCAGUACCGCCCGCAGCAGCAGCUACCGCCGGGCUCGGCCCAAGGUUCCGGCUCCGACGAGGGCAUCCUGUCGACGCUGAGCAGCGGCUUCAACAGCUUAGUGAAUAACAUUUUCGGCUAAGACCCGUUUAUCGGUUUGUGUGAUAGAAAGAGCGGAAAGAAGAGCGGAAAUGGAGAGCGGAUUUCCUAACUCCCAAGAAGAAACAGUAAACAGAAAGCAGUAGCUAAACAAACACUCCAGACUGUGGUCUUCCAUCCCUGCUUCCCGGUAGUUUUAUCUAUUUAGGCUUCUUGCCCGUUUGUCGUUUUUAGCUGCACACAACAUAUUCAAAACCACGCGGGAAGGAAGAGACCUGCAAACAGCCGCCCUUCACCUGCGGAGGAGGAGGAGAGCAGGGAGGGAGGAAGGGAGCAGGACAUAGUAGAGGUGGGAAAUAGUUGGAAAAUCGAGCGUACGUCGAACCAACAACGGGAGAAAGAAACGGAAAACAAUGUCAAACAAAUGGUACAAUGUUCUGUCUGCAAGAUGCAACAAUAAAUUAUCUAUUUAUUUAAUAGCAAAAAA